UGGCACAAUCCAUGCUACUUCAUUCCAUUUUCUUCCUUUUCUCCUCUCCCUCUCUGUCCCCCAAGUCCUCGCCAUGACUAGAGAACAACCCCACCCCGCUGAGGCGCUUGUUGAACAACAGCCACCACCUCCCACCGAUUCCCAACCCCCAACGGUCCUCAAGAGCUCCUCUUACAAGGAAGAAAGCAACUUCCCUUCUGAUCUCAAAGACUUCGAGAGAAACGCCUUGAACCAACUCAAAUCUAAGCUCCAAGAAGCCAUCGCCGGAAGCACUCUGUUCCCCAGGCAAGAAAAGGAUGCUGCUGACGCUCAUGACGGUAACAGAGUUGAACCGGUGGAAAUCCACCACAAGGGUAUUUCUCUGUGGGGAGUACCUCUCUUGCCCAGCCAAGGAGCAAAGGGUGUUGACGUUGUUCUCCUCAAGUUCUUGAGGGCUAGGGAGUUCAAAGUCAAUGAAGCUUUCGACAUGCUGACCAAGACGCUUAAAUGGCGCAAGGAAUCCAAUAUCGAUUCCAUUCUUGACGAGGAUUUUGGCUCCGAUCUGAGAUCCGCUGCUUACAUGAACGGCGUGGAUCGCGACGGUCAUCCCGCGUGCUACAACAUUUUUGGGGUGUUCGACAGCCAAGACAUGUACCAUAAGACAUUUGGGACUGAGGAGAAGCGAAUUGAGUUCUUGAGAUGGAGGUUGAAGUUGAUGGAGGAGGGUAUUCAGAAGUUGAACAUGAAGCCCGGAGGUGUUUCUUCCUUGCUUCAGAUCAAUGAUCUUAAGAACUCCCCUGGUCCGGCCAAAAAGGAGAUCCGAGUUGCCACGAAGCAAGCUCUUGCCAUUUUGCAGGACAACUACCCUGAAAUGGUUGCCAAAAAUAUUUUCAUCAAUGUGCCUUUCUGGUACUAUGCUCUCAAUGCCCUUCUAUCUCCUUUCUUAACACAAAGAACAAAGAGCAAAUUUGUGGUUGCUCAUCCUGCGAAGGUCACCGAAACCCCGCUCAAGUAUGUCUGUUAUCCCAUUCUUUAUCAAGUUGACUAAAACUAAAACAACGUUUACUUGAUUCGAACAUCACCAUCAGCCUCAUCCAAAUAACUUUUUCAUCACUCUGUUAAUCCCAAUUGUGAUAUUCUUUCAAUCUCGUGAAGAGUUUAGUUCACGUGAAAUGAUGAAAUUCGAAUAAAUUGGACUUCCAAGUAUCAUAGUUAUACAGGAGAUUUUUCAAAGGUCUGCGGAAGACAAAACUGA